AUGUCAUUACUACUAAUUUUAUUUCGACAUACAAACAACAUGCGGAUAUUUCCACACAUUCGUCUAUUAUAUCAUCGUCAAUACAUGGAAGAUUUUUCGUUGGGAAUAAAUUCGCAAGAUUUUGCGUUACCAACAACUGGGAAAGAUGGAUUUCGAGUCUCCAUAGAUCUUGAAAAAUUUUCGGAAAAUGAAAUCAAUGUUAAGACUGUUAAUAAUUUCGUGGUAAUUGAAGGCAAGCAUGAAGAACGUCAUGACGAAGAUGGAUACAUUACACGUCGGUUUACUCGAAGAUAUUCAUUACCAAAAGGGUAUGAUCCAAGCACAAUCACUUCGACAUUGUCAUCUGAUGGUGUUUUGACCAUUAAAGCUCCACCACCAAAGAAUCAACUUGAAAAUAAUGAACGAGUCAUACCUAUACAGCAAACAGGUCCCGAUCGUUUGAAUGCAAGGGAAAAUAAGAAAGAAGGAGAUGAUGAUAAGAAGUCGGAGGAAUCUAGUUAA